AUGGCUCUGCAGCUGCAGAACAUCGCCAUCAUGUUGGUCGACAAUGUCUCUCCCACGGUGCAGACCAUCGCCAAUACCUUGACUGACAAAGUGUACCCGACGGUACAGGCGAGCGCCCACCUGUUGGCCAACAAAAUGCAACCGACAAUGCAGACGAUUGCCAUCAUGUCGGCCAACGUGAAGUACCCGACAAUACGUCCGAAGCAUGCCAAUGCCGCUUUUCUCGCCGUCUGGCUGAUACUGGCCCUCUACUGCUACUCCAAUUCCUACGACGACCCCUCGUCCAUCUUUUUCAACGAGAAGCUUGCCUUCCGAGAACGCUUCUCCCUCGUUCGCACCACCAACGCCGAACACCUCAUCGAGGUCUUGACCUACGGGCCACCAACGCCCAAGAUCGAGCGGCUCCCCGGCACCAAGCCCUUUCUCUGCAUUGGCGUUCCUAGUGUUGCCCGCAAUACCGUCUCGUUUCUGCCGCAGACUCUCGCUACCCUCGUCGAUACCCUGACCGACGAGGAGCGCUCUACCAUUCACCUCGUGACAUUGCUCGCCGACCAAGAUCCUAAAGACCACCCCGCCUACGAGGCGCCCUGGCUCGACCGUCUUGUCGACGAGGCUAUCGUUUAUAGCGCUGGCAACUGGACGCUGCCACCUCAGCCAGAGGGUUCCGUCACGCGCGCCAUUCCCUACGACGUCCGCCAAGCCGGCCGCGGCACCGAACGCGUUGAGAACAUGCGCCUCGACCAUUCCGUUGUUCUCGACGCCUGCCGCAGCACGGGUGCCCAGUACUUUGCCCUCGUCGAAGAUGAUAUCGUCGCUUCGCGUGAUUGGUUCACCCGGUUCAAGGCUGGCAUCGCCGACGUCGAGCAGCGCAAAGCCUCCCACCCGAAAGCCCCAGACUGGCUUUACUUCCGGCUCUUCUACUCGGAAAUUUUCAUGGGCUGGAACAGCGAGGAGUGGCUCGGCUACUCUCGCGUCAUCUUUGAGUUCUACGUCCUGGCUCUCGUCGUCUUCCUCGUCCUGCGCCGCACAUGGCCCGCUGCCUCUCUUGGCGCCCAAGGCAAGCGCACCGUCACCACGUACCGCCACACCUCGGCCUGGAUGGCCGCCCUCGUCUUCGGCCUCUGGCUGCCGGCCCUCAUCGUCCUGUACUUCGCCGCUGGGCGCGUCUCGACCCACCGCAUGACCCCCUGGUCCUCUGACGGCGUCCGUGAGAUGCCCAAUUACGGCUGCUGCGCCCAAGGCCUCGUUUUCCCGCAGCGACAUCUCGACAUGAUCCAUGACAUGCUCGUCACGCCGCCCUUUAACUUUCCCGGCGACAUGAUGCUCGAAGAUGUGGCGCGCGACAAACAAUUGAAAAAGUGGGCCCUCGAGCCGAGCGUCUUCCAGCAUGUCGGGUUGAAGGAGUCGUCAGACGGCACGCAGAGGAAGGAGGUGUGGAAUUUUAGUUUUGAGAGGCAACAAUAA